UGUCUGGGUUGUUUCGAUUUUCAUGAAUUUUAAUAAGCAUACCAAAAAAGUCUGUUGCAAGCCUGAAGGCACGGAGUUUGAAAGACAUGUCCAUUUACCAAUCGGGGUCUGAUACAAGACACGUGCACUGCGGGAACUCCCCCCAAAAUAACAUCUCACCCGUUUACUGAUAUAUGCGAAUCUGAUCAUUCUGACUUUUUGUUUUGUGUCAAAGGCUUCUCAUUAACUUCACAGUGCACUGCUUAAGACUGGAAAGCCUCUGGGGGGAAAUUACGAACCCUCUAGUUCCCACAUGACUACCCUCUCAUGCAAAACAGCAUUGCCAUGACGACCAGACUGGUGCAGCCCUAGACCCGCUCCUUACAAACUACUGUUUUCAGAAAUGCCUCCGUAAAUGCCAGAAAUACUUCGUGCUUUUGCAACAGCUGCUGCAUCUGAAACAUUGAAGAAGUUUCCAUGGAGGCUAAUUCAUGUAUAUAUGACAGAGUUGGAGCGCUCCUCCCUGCUCCUCGGUCCCUCUGCCCGCGGUGCUGAUGAGAGAGGAUUUGAGUCGCUACCACGCCCCGCCCACAGUGAGAGAGCAGGACUGACAGUGAUGCAAGGCAUGCCUCUGAGAAGCCUGCAGCCUAUCCAGACCGACCGGACCAGUUUGGACUCUACUUCCCAUUUACAACUCUCCAUAUGUUCUCCGCCGCCGAGAUGCAGCUCAGCUUUGAUUUGAGGGCAAUUUAGUAAACACCCAGGAGCUGCUUCUGUUUUGCUUUUAUUUUACAUUUCUUUUAAUAUUUUGCAACCCCAAACUCCAAAUGCUUCGCCUGCCAGUCUCGCUUUGCAUGUGGCUAUAUCCGGUGGUUCCAGUUUGCGUGCAGGUGCUUUAGGAGAAAAGGUUGCACAGGGGCUUUUUUUUUUUAAAUCAGGCUAUUAUUUUUGUUUUUUAAACUCCUCUUUAUCUCUUUGGAAGCUAAACCACAAAUUUUAUUUUCACAAUGGCCGAUGCGAACGGUGAAUGCAAUAUCAAGGUGUUAUGUCGAUUUCGUCCACUGAACCAGUCCGAAAUUAUCCGCGGAGAUAAGUUCAUCCCAAUAUUUCAAGGAGAAGACACUGUCAUCCUCGGGG